AUGAUUAUGAGUGAAUCAUAUCGACGGUAUGAAAUCUCCAACGGCGAUCUUCCGAUUAUGUCAGACACCGACGAGUUUCAGAGUUCAGACAUUGUGGCGGGCCACCGCUCAUAUUAUAGAUUAGCCGGUGGAGUCCGCCAGACUUAUCUGAUACUUUCAGACGCCGGACGACAGUUGAUGUUAAGUUUCCGACACCUGAUUGAGUUCAUUAGAAAGAUGACAGGGUAUGGGCUAACGGAUCCAGUGAACAGAAAAGAGUAUUUUGAUUACUCGAGGAUUCAAGGUACAAUUGAUAUUGAGAAGGCUGACUACAUGAACUUUAGAAAUGUGAAACAAUGGACGACAGAGGGGACUAAAAUCGGGUGA